AUGGCUAUGGUACUUCAACUCACCACCUUUUUGCAACAAUGGCUCUACUCUCGACCUGAUGUAAAGGCACUGAGGAAAGAAGAUGAUGCCGUCAGAUUAGGAAUUAUAGGUGGAUCAGCUAUGAUCAAUGCAGCUGCAAUCAUCCACCCUGCCGAGACACAUCCUGGAGCGAAGAUCGUAGCUGUCGCUUCGAGGAAUAUCAAAGAUGCUCAGAAAGCUGCUAAGCAGUUCGAUAUCCCUAAGGCAUAUGGGAGUUACGAAGAGUUACUGGCUGAUCCGGAGAUAGAAGCUGUUUAUAUUUCCGUCCCGAAUGGCUUGCAUGGAGAGUGGGCAAUCAAAUCGCUCCAAGCUGGGAAACACGUCUUACUCGAGAAGCCGUUCACCUCAAAUGGCUUGGAAGCAAGAAGAGUAUUCGAAGAAGCCGAAAGAUGUGGGAAGAUCGUUGUUGAAGCCUUUCAUUGGCAAUUCCACCCUGCCGCACAUGUCGUCAAGAGCCUGAUCGCAAGUGGGAAAUUCGGUGAUAUCAAGAGAACCUUUGCGAGAAUGACUACUCCCAAAGGUACAAUUCCAGGGAGUGAUAUACGUUGGCAGUGGUCUCUAGGUGGAGGAGCUCUGAUGGACGAGACCUAUGCACUCCAUGCGACUCGAUAUUUCGUUGGUGGAGAUAACGAGACGUUGCUUGGUACCGGAAUAAAGCCAACGGUUGUCAGUGCGACCUCUAAACCAUGGAGUAAAGAUAAGAGGGUCGAUUCAGCUUCAUGGGCGGAUCUGAGAUUUGAUUUGGAAGGAGGGAAGACGGUGGAUUCGAAGAUAUACGUGGACAUGAACGCUCCUAAUCUUGCUCUGGUCAUACCCCGAGCAUGGGAGUUCCCUUCAAUCGAGAUAGAAUGUGAGAGAGCUACUAUCUACUUCUACAACCACAUGAUGCCUCAUUUGUAUCAUUACAUUUCGAUCUACGACAAGGUCACCAAGCAUACCACAUAUCAGAAACAUUACAACUAUGGACCUAAGUGGAAGGAUGUCGGUGAUCCUCACUGGUCCACUUAUAGGUACCAACUCGAAGCAUUCAUCGAUAAAGUCAGAGGACGUGAACCCAAACAUUGGAUCACACCUGAAGAUAGUAUUGCUCAAAUGGAAACUAUAGAUGCUAUAUACCUCAAGAAUGGCUUGGGUGUCAGACCAGUGACGGGAGAGCUGGAUGGAGCAUCGGCCGAGUAA